GGAAUUUUAAUCUUAUAAACUUAUUGCUUAUUAAACAACUUAAAAAUGAUUGAAGGGAAGCGGCUAACUUUACAACCAUUACUUAGAUUGUUCAUAUUAUUUUUAAUAAUUAACGCAGUCGGAGCAGACCAGUCUACCAUUGAGAGAAUACGAAAACACCAACAAUGGCUAAAACAAAGAGCUCUACAAAAGCCAACUUCACUACCUUUGACUGGCUAUAAGGCUGCAUUGGAGUUACCGAAUUUAUGGCGUUUUCCCAAACAAAAUAAUGGUCUAAGCAUAAAUGAUGUGACAUAUCUAGAAAAUGAGCCCGAUGAAACUAAUAAUAUCGAAACACUCAUAACAACAACCACUCAAUCAACAACGAGAGCAACAACAAAAGCACCAAUUAGAACAACUACAUUAACUAACGAAGUAAUCGAUAUAGUGACGGAUUUAAAGUUACCAGUAAAUACCACUGUUACUGCCACACCUGCUACUGAAAUCUCUACUACUACACUUAGAACCGUUGCUAAAGUAAUGAAAGCUCAUACCGUUUCAAAUUUUACAUUUCCAGUAAAAGAAAGCAUAUCGGAGACCUCAACCAGCGCUACGCCAACCACUACAACCACUACAACAACAACGACUACAACGACAGUUCCACCUAAAACCAAACCGAAACCAAAGCCGCGUCCGUAUCCGCGUUGGGGUAAUUGGAGUAAAUGGAGCGAUUGCUCACGCAGUUGCGAUGGUGGCGUAAUGUACCAAGAGCGAAAGUGCAUAAACCGAAACACAGCCACUGGUAGGCGUUAUUUGAGUAACCAAUGCAUUGGCGUCUACAAACGUUAUCAUCUCUGCAACAAUGAGCCUUGUCCGUUACCCCAGAAAGACUUUCGAGCUGAGCAAUGUACAGCUUAUAAUGAACUCGCUUUUCAAGGUCAGAAAUAUACCUGGGAACCGUAUCUAAAAGACGAUGCUGAAUGCGAGUUAAACUGCAAACCAUUGGGCAUGAAAUACUUCGCCACAUUGAACGCAACUGUUAUCGAUGGAACUCCAUGUUUUCGGCCGGCGGAAUUUUAUCGCUCAAACUAUCGUGACCGGGCUAUGUGCAUCGGCGGCAUUUGCAAGGCAGUUUAUGCCAGCGGCAUUAUAACUGGUGUUUCCGCUAAUAGUGGCUCUAUCAGCUGUGGUGGUCUUCUCUGUCGUCCGAUAACUGGUCUAUUCACAAGGGAUCCCUUACCUGAUGAUGCUUAUGUACAUGUAACAAACAUUCCUGCAGGUGCUUCUAACAUUUCCAUCACGGAAAUUAAGAAUAGCAUAAAUUUGUUAGUGCUACGUACAUCCGAUCAAAAGUAUAUUUUUAAUGGAGAUAAUGCAGCAUCUGAUAGUGGUACAUAUGAAGCAGCAGAUUCGAUUUUUGAUUAUCAUCGCAUUGAUGGUAUGGAAUAUGGCGAAGGAGUCACGGAAUGGGUAACAUGUACAGGUCCUAUAAGAGAAGCGGUGGAAUUAAUGGUUUAUACAAAAUCUGCAAAUCCAGGCAUUAAAUAUGAAUAUUUAUUACCCAUUACAUCGGAUUCGGAAGAGUAUGAACUUUCGCUUGAGAGCGACACAUUUUUAAAAUCAGGUGCUGAAGAAAAUUCAAUUAGCAGCUCACGUUCCACAAGACGUCGUAAAUUUAAUUGGAAAGUUGUAGGGUUUAGCACUUGCACUAAGUCAUGCGGUGGUGGUACACAAACACCGAUCGUGCGUUGUGUUCGUGAUAAUCCCGUACGUUACUUCUCACAACGACGUUGCAUGCAUUCCGAAAAACCAGUUUUAAACGAAAACUUACUGCGCUGUAAUACACAACCAUGUCCAGCAUAUUGGCGUUUAGAUGAUUGGAGCGAUUGUCGUUGCCAUCAAGGUGAAGGUUAUCGUGAGCGCGACAUUAACUGUGUACAAGAGUUGGCUUCUGGUAUUGUAAUACAUGUCGAUAGUGUUGCUUGUAUGGAAGAGCAACCGGAAACGCGUAAAUCAUGCGAUUGCCCAAAAAGUCGUAGACGAACUCAUGCACGCUACCGUGUACAUACAGCAAAUAGUACAAAUAACAAUCGUAAUCGUGAUAAAAUUGGCGUUUGGCUCUUAUCUGAUUGGAAUCAAUACUGUUCUGCUGAGUGCGGUACGGGUGUGGAAUAUCGUACAAUAUUCUGUGAUCGCUCAAAACAGAAUUCUGAGCGUUGCGAUUCACGGACCACACCUGAUAUAUCGCGUUCAUGUGAACGUGAACGUACUUGCGAAUUUGGCGAUUGGUUUGCUGGUCCCUGGUCAACUUGUAAUGGCAAUUGCUUUAAUUUGUUACGUACGCGUCAAGUGCUCUGCAUACAAAAUCAACUAAUUGUCGAUGAUGAAGAUUGCAAAUCUGAUUUAAAACCUCAAACGACGGAAAAGUGUCUUCAUGAAGAAGUCGAGUACUGCGCUCCAAGAUGGCAUUAUUCCGAAUGGACUGAUUGUUCGAAAUCUUGUGAUGGUGGCACACAGAGACGUUCUGUAAAAUGUCUGGAAUAUGAUGAAAAGGAAAAUGUGCUGCAUGAGUCUACCAAAUGUCGUUAUUCUUUAAGAGAACCGAUAUAUCGCAGCUGCAACACACAAAAAUGUGAAGAAACACACUUGGAACUUUUUCAAAACGAUGUUGCAGCCUCUUGUUCUGACGAGUUCUCGAACUGUCAAUGGGCGGUGAAGGCAAAGCUAUGCAGCUAUGAAUAUUACCAGCAGAACUGUUGUUACUCUUGUGGCGCUGCUUAAUUCACUAAAAAUAUGAAAAAAAAAUUAUAUUAAGUUCUCAUUAAAGUAGA